CAUUACAAGGCGAAAACGGAAUAAAGUAAAUAAACAAAUAAAAAAUUUAGCGAAAAGUAAUUACAAUAAAAAAUUGUGAAAGUAAAUACCUAAUUAAUCAUCUUUCGAUGAAUUCUAAGGAACUUUAUUCGAUACGAGAAUGGGCACCUUUAACAGAUAUUAUGGAAAAGAUUCCUGUUCGUAUGAUACGAGCACUAGGCAUAUUCCCAGCAGAUUUAAAUAUUACUUGUGUCGAUGCAAUUUCCGAAUUUAUAGCAUUAGGCAGUGACGCGGGAAUUGUUUUUUGGUAUGACCGGUACACCGGUGAAUUGCAGAAGCUGCGCACAGAGUUUCCGGCUCGCAUUACUUGUGUCAAAAUUAUUAGUUCGGUAGAGUAUAUGGUAGCAGCAGGAAAUGGUAGUGGUCAAGUGAGUGUUUUUCAAAUACAAAAACAACUACCACCAGAUUUGAAUUUGGUUGCACCAUGCGCUCGAGCCAAGCCCACUGAAAGAUACAAUAUACGUGACUUGCAUAGCUGCGCCAUAAGCUGUGUAGAAUGGUCUAAGAACGGCAUGAAACUUUAUUCAGGUGAUCGACAAGGCAUUGUAGUAUUAACCGAAUUUGAUUUUCAAGCGCACAUCAGCAAAUCGACUGAAAUACUUAGUGAGGCAUAUGAAAUCGUACAGCUUAGUGUUUUCCAGAGUUACUUGCUCGUGUCCACACUAUAUCGUUCCAUUGCAUGCCAGUUCAGUAUUGUUACCGGGCAAUGGGAAGUUACACAAGUUGGAAAGAAAGAUCGAAAGGUUUUAUCGGAUUGUGGUGGCAUAAUCCUUAAACAACAAAACUGUCGUCCAGUCUUGAUAUGUGGCCGUCCAGGAUUAAGAUUUUGGAUUGCUGACACCGAGGGUAAUGUGGAAAAAACAUUACUUUUUCGCGAAGCUGUAGCGCGUAGUCCUACCUGGGAAAUACCAAUACUUAAUCCUAAAUCAAUGUGUUGCGAACGAAAUAUAACUUCCUAUGCUAAUUUUGCCGAAAACGACGAAAUUAAUAGAAGUUUUGGCGCAUUACAACUGUAUAAGGGCGAUGAUGUGCUGAUCGUUACACAUGACGAGUCCACAUUGUAUUUGCUAAAUUUGGAUCGUCUGCGCGUCGAAGCUGUGGCACGAGGUUUUCGAAAAAUACUUGAUUUUUGUGUGUGUGAUAAGGAGAUUUUCAUUUUGGAAGGUACACGUUCUUUGCUUCGGCUGGCACCUAUGCCAGAGAAGCCGAGUAAAAAUGCCAAAAUAAUUUUCAAUCCCUCAAUGCCGCCCCCAGUUCCUUUGCUAGGUGCUUCAAUCGCCGGUGCACUUGAUUCGCCCGCUGAGUCGUUUGAACCACCCGAGCAUCCAGUGGGUAAAGCGGAAGAAUGUUUUGAAUUACCGCCUAUUGAGUUACUCAAUUUAAAUGUACCAAUAGAAUUGGCUGUAGAAUCACCACGCGCUGAACAAAAUCGUCGUUUGGAGAUUUUUAAUCAGAUUUCUGAAAUGGAUUUCGACCAAUCUAUAUUGCAUCAUAGCGGCAUAUCCCAAAGUGUUGGCGGUCGGAAAAAACGUACACGACGCUGCCGAGAUCGGGAGAAUGCUUUAAAGAGUAGCAGCAGCGAAGUUGCAGCACCAACAAAGUCACAGGGCAUUGUAGAAAUUGCUCAUGUUGCAGAGCCAGAAACAGAUUUGGAAACGUCAGUUAAAAUCCUGACUGCUGUUGAAGUUGUGGAAACAAAAACCAACGUAAAGCAUAUAACAACUAAGCCAACAUUAAUGAGUAGUAGUUUUUGCGCAACCAAAACUUCAAAAAAUAAAGAAUGUAAUCAAGCAAGCAAAACAAAUGCAACAUUGAAAACCAACUCAAAUUGUGGUUCUCUAUCGACACCAUUGUCGCCUGCAUCACCUGAAGCGGACAAACAAAAGGUCUCCAUAAAACCCAAAAGUCUCGCUGAAGAACUAAACUUAGCUGGCAUUUCAUUUGGUCCUAAACAAUCUAGUUUAGAAUGUUCAAUACCAUCUCCAAUACACUCUCCGCCUGCUGCACCGGCUUCCACUCCCACGCCAAUUCCACUGAAAGAGCUCGCCCAUGCAUAUCCCAAACAAACUAAAGUCGAAGAUGCUGGUGUCCAGACAACGCCACGCAAAAAGCUCUACUUCAUGGAGGAAGACGACGACGAGGAUAAUAUUUACUCAGAUUACAGCGCUGGACAACCAAUCGAUGAACUGUGUCAUGCAGCUUUGCGUGCCGCAGCUCGAGCGGAGGAAUAUGAACAAGAAGGCGGGAGUGCCAAAGCGUUCGUUCCAGCCCAACGUCAAGUCUCACCUGAACAUUUACAAUUCGUUUGUACACAGCCCGUGAGUGAGGAGAUUAAUAGUUUCCUACCAGACUUUCGACGUGCAUGUGAUCCGUGCGCAAUGCGGCCUAAGGUGCAGCAAAAAACUCCUCCACCUUCUGCCGAUUCUAAUGGAAGUUCCAGUGAAUGGGAGUUUUUGGAUAAUUGAAAUGAUAACAUGUUCUAAGUAUCAUUCCGUGAAGUAGAGAUUUUUAACCAUUACACAUCACAUAUGAAAGUAAAUCAGCUCGAUUUCUAAUAGUGCGGCCGACAUUUUAAUUAUCAAUAUUAAUAUUAUGUUUAUCAUUUUGGCGCUUUUGCACAUUGGCCUAUAAAAUAUCAAUUUUAAAUAACCAACAUAUGUAUUAUAUUAUGGUAUAUUGUAUUGUCUAAACCUUUUAUCUACUAUUAGAGUUUUGUUCAAUAUUUUAGGAAUUUUUUGUUUGCAAAUUUUUAGCUAGAGCAGCAUCGCUUAUGCUUUAUGAAUCUGUUUGUUAGAAAAGCAACUCAAGUAUGCAUUUAUUUGCAAUUCGCAUACAUAUGUAGGUAUGUAGAAAUCUAUA